CAGCAAUGUACAGCGGUAUAUGCAUCUGUGUGUUCCUUGCUGUGCUCUCGGUGAGCUCGUUCGGACAGCAAACUGUGGGCUUGCACAAUGGGAAUCCCCUGGCUGCUGAGCUUGAGCAGAGCUUGACAGAACAUCAACGGCAGAUCCGCGCCCCUUCAUCUGCUGGCCCGCUGAAACCUCUGCCACGGCUGGAUGGAAGCAUUGACCAAAGAGCUAACAUAGGUGCUUUGUUGGCCAAGUAUCUCCAGCAAGCCAGAAAAGGUCCCACUGGAAGACUCUCAGUUAUGGGAAACAGGGUACAGAGCAUUGAUCCUACGCACAGGAUAAAUGACAGAGACUACAUGGGCUGGAUGGAUUUUGGACGCCGUAGUGCUGAAGAAUACGAGUACUCUUCCUAAAGAACAGCAAACUAUAGCAACAGAAAAAAAAAAAAAUCACACUCCCAUGUCUGUACAGAAAGAGAAAAAUUAAUUUGUUUUCCUCUUUGAAUCAGUGUUUUAAAAUAUAUCAUGUAUUUGAUGUAAAUUUGUCUGUCAGACUAUACAAUGCAAUAUAUACAUAUGCAGAAUUUUCCAUAAAAUGUUUUCUUUCUUUUGUGGUUUCUCAUACAUCGAUAUUACAUUAAAAUGAUUUCACAUACCCAUUCUUGUCCUG